UUUCUCACAUGUCUCUCUCUUGUAUAUUUUGUCUCUGAUCACUCUGAACAAAAUCGUAUAUAUUUUAUUUAAUUUCCUUGCUCGCUCACAGAGCUCAACUACAUAUCAGCCAUGACUGACCGUCCACACCAGCUCCUAGUUCACCCGCAACGCCAUUAUAACGGUGGUCCAAAGUCCCAGAGAGGCCCAUCGGCGACCAAAAUCCUAGCAGUCCUCGGCGGCCUCCCUGUAGGCGGCACUUUGCUUGCACUUGCUGGUUUGACGCUCGUUGGAAGCCUGAUUGGGCUUGCUAUCACCACCCCACUCUUUAUCAUCUGCAGCCCUGUUCUUGUCCCGGCCGCCAUUGCUAUCGGCCUCGCUAUCAUUGGAUUUUUGUGCUCGGGAGCUUUAGGGUUGACGGGGCUGGUAUCGCUGUCUUGGGUACUUAAUUACCUCCGACAGGCCAGCCGGUCCCUGCCGCAGGAGAUGGAUCAGGCAAAGAGGCGCAUGCAGGACAUGGCGGCUUACGUGGGCCAGAAGACCAAGGAGGUGGGCCAAGAGAUCCAGAGUAAGGCCCAAGAGGGAAGGAGGACAUGAAAAACAGGCUAGAGGCUGGUUUCUGCUUUUAACAACCAUCCCUCUGGGUGGAUAAAAUAAAAUAAGAGAGAGAGAGAGAGAGAGAGAGAGAGAGAGAGAGGAGGAGCAUAUGAGGAAUGGAAGUAAUGUACCUUUGAAGGGUUUCUUAUAAAUGCUAAUGUCGGUUUGUAAGUGCACGUGUUUUUGUUCGUGUAAUUGUAAGCGUGUUUAGAAGUAGAUUAAGUUUGGCAUUGGGUUCUGGGGAACUCUUGGAAAUUUAGCGUUUUGUGUUCUUUCUAUGGUUGCAUGGUUGAAUUAAAACGUGUUUAUUUAUGUCC